AUGUCGGAGAAAGGAAAGGCAGUCGCGUCGGCGGCAGGCAAUGACACCACAAUGCCAUCGAACCCGCGCGGGAUCCCAAAGGCGCCGUUUGUUGACAAUGUGGAGGAUUACGUGACGAGCCGGGCCGAGGUCGAGCCGACGCUGGUGCGGUUCCAGGAGAUGAUAUCAAAAUACCAAUUCAUGGAGCUUAACCUACAACGCCGAGUGGCGGGCCUCAAAGGGAAACUACCGGACAUUGAAAAGACUCUGGAGACGGUGCGGUUCUUGAAGCUGAACAAGGAUGGGGGCGACCCGAUCGAGACGUCUUUCGAGCUCAACGAUACGUUAUACACCAAGGCUGAGAUACCGCCUACCGACGAGGUGUUUUUGUGGCUUGGUGCAAACGUAAUGCUCUCGUACCCGAUUGGCGAGGCGGAGGAGUUAUUGGAUUCAAAGCAAAAGGCUGCAAAGCAGAGCUUGCAAAACUGCGAAGAGGAUUUGGAAUUCCUGAGGGAACAGAUCACGACUAUGGAGGUUGCGCUUGCCAGGGUAUAUAACUGGGAUGUGAUGCAAAAGAGAAAGGAAAAGGCAGAAGAGGACAAGUUGAAGGGCAAGGACAAGGUAAAGGACACGGCAAAGUCCGACAAUGACUCUUGA